CAACAAUUUAUGGCGGCGUACAAGAACAUGGCAUUCCCCUCUCCCCUCCCGUCUCUCGCCAGCUUUUGUCCCCUUUUCAUCUGGUCCUCCUGCACCACGAUUCUGCUCCGACCCUUUGCCGAAUCCCGCUCCUGAAAGAUAGACGGGCCAGGGCGCAUCCACCAUGGACAUCGUACUCGAGGCCUUCGAUACGUUCCUGUUCGACCCGAUAUAUGCGACACUGCAUCCAGCGAAAGCGCCAGCAUUCUCGCCCAAUGCCACCGUCUCAAGUUUAAGAGAAACCCCUACGGGCUUUGUGCCCUCAUCAUGGCAGUACCACCCAGCCAGCGAUUACAUAUCCUUUACGCCGAGAAAAUACGCAUACAUGAGCGCCUGGCCACGGGACGACUGGCGGCGGCAGCUAUUGUCCCUCUUCCUGAUAACAUGGAUCUUCGGUCUCGUCAUCUACUACGUCUUCGCCUCCCUCUCCUACUUCCUCGUCUUUGACAAGGCCACCUUCAACCACCCCAAAUACCUCAAGAACCAGAUCCGCCUCGAGAUGAUCCAGACCAAUAAAGCCCUCCCCGUCAUGGCCAUGGGCACCGCACCCAUCUUCCUCCUCGAAGUCCGCGGCUACACGAAGCUGUACGACCGCCUCGAAGACGCGCCCAACAUGUGGUACAACGUCCUGCAAUUCCCGCUCUUCCUCCUCUUCACCGACUUCUGCAUCUACUGGAUCCACCGCUACCUGCACCACCCGCUCAUCUACAAGCACCUGCACAAGCCGCACCACAAGUGGAUCAUGCCCACGCCAUAUGCGUCGCACGCCUUCCACCCCAUGGACGGCUACGCCCAGGGCCUGCCCUACCACAUCUUCCCCUUCCUCUUCCCGCUCCAAAAAUGCGCCUACGUCUUCCUCUUCAUCUUCAUCAACAUCUGGACCGUCCUCAUCCACGACGGCGAGUACUACGCCGACAACCCCAUCAUCAACGGCGCCGCCUGCCACACCAUGCACCACCUGUACUUCAACUUCAACUACGGCCAGUUCACGACGCUGUGGGACCGCCUCGGCGGCAGCUACCGGAAGCCCAACGACGAGCUGUUCCGGAAGGAGGUGAAGAUGAGCAAGCAGGAGUGGAAGAAGCAGACGAUUGAGUUUGAGAAGGUGCUCAAGGAGGUUGAGGGUGAGGAUGAUCGGGUGUAUGAGCCGGGGGAGGAGAAGAAGGUGCAGUAGAGACGUCUUGCAUUGGAGUUGGGUGAUGAGUUAUGUUUUGCGAUUUAACGAAUUGGGAGCUUUUUGCAUGGGACCGGGUGGAUAAUUGGAAAAGGAAGAGUCCUUUGUAAUGAAGCUGGAAGGUGUAAUGGUGGAUGAUGAGGAUGGAGGAGGAAGAGUCGCAGACGUAUGCUCGGCUUGUCGGCGAGGGCUUUGUUUACUUUAACUGUACAUAAUUGAUGCAUUCAUUGUUCUCGACUCGUCGGAUUCCCUCUGUGGAAUUCCCUCUGAUGGCCCUUUCUCUGGUAUUCCUCGGCUCUUCAAUAUCCAUGAUCGUGUUUUUUACCUCGUCCG